AUGUCGACUGGAUGUGGAGACGAAGGAGAACAUGCCGUACUGCUUUGUUGUUGGCUAUUAGCUGCUAACAUUGAAUGCUAUUUGAUUCUUGGGACUGCAUUUCCAGAAGGUGGCUCAAAGGCAGCUUAUGUAUUGGCCAAAUUUGAACAAAAAUUUACUCUUCUUAAUCCGUCAGAUGGUACUGUUUAUUCUCGUGAUGACCCGCUUUGCCCACUAAUAUCUGUUGGUACAGUGAUUACUGAAGAAAACAUUUUUGGUAACAUACAAUCCUAUGAUCAUCCUAGUCAAGUUAAUUUUAAUUUUGAGGUAAGCGCCUACUUUAAAAUGUUACUAACUGUUUGGUGUUAUAGAAGAAAUUGUUGGCUUUAG